CGCUCCUCUGUGCGUGCUCAGACGCGCUCCAUCGACGAGUAACCAGGGCAGCAAAAGAAUGCCCCGGCGGCAGCCUCGAUAGCGGACGGGCAGCCAUGGCACGCCUCGCGUACGCCCUCCUCCUCCUCCGCUUUACGGAAGCGGCGCUGCCCACGUACAUCAUGGAGGAGCUCUACGGCGACGAGUGCUGGCCGAAGAAGGCCCAGACCCGGAAGGAGAGGGAGAAUUGCUUCAAGGCGGCCCAGGCGGGCAUCCGCGAGUGCGAGACGUGCAACGAGGCCAAGGGCGGGCGCUGCACGCGCUUCGCCGAGGUCACGCCGGCGACCACGACCUUCACGCCGCGCCACGGCCACGCGUCCGUCGUCUUCCCCUACCGCGCCGACGCCGACAGCCCGGCCGAGUUGGCGAUUUACGUCGUCGGCGGGCGCACGGACCAGUACGAGAAGUGGAACUUCCAGCGGACGUCGCGCCUCGCCGACGUCUGGAUCUACACGAUCGAGAAGAACGACUGGCAGCAGCUGAGGCAGUUGCGGGGGGAUUUCGUCAGGCGCACGUCGAGCGCGUUCCUCAUGGAGGACGUCCAGCAGCCGGGCGACAUCGCGCCCUUCUGGGAGCGCUUCGGCCACUCGCUGGACGUCGUCGUGGCUACAGUUAGAUUGGACCGGGACCAAUACAAGACGCGCAAGGACAACGUGACCGUCGUCAUGGCGGACGAGGUGAGGGGAAGCGACGCGGUCGACGAGGGCAAGGACUGCCGCCAGGACGGCGGCGACCAGUGCUGUAUUUGUAGGCAGGAUUUGUUGGAGUGUGCCCAGGACCCCUCGGUGGCCAGCGACGCGUGCCGGGCGGCGCAGGCCCAGGGUCUGGGCUGGCAGGCGGUCCGGGACGCGUAUUUGGACUACCAGCUCGACGAGAAGACGGACUGCUUUCAAGUGUUCCCGUCGUGGACGGGCAACGAGCCGCGGAAGGAGGAUGUCGACUGGGCCUACGUGGACCCGGACAGCGCCGAUUCCGAGACGCGCCCCUGCGCCUACACGGAGGAGAACAAGGGCGGGUCCCUCCGCGACUGCUCGGGCGAACCGCGGGGCAUCGAGAAACAGUUUGGAGAGUUCCUGAGCGGCCCGUACCGGGGCCAGCUCUACGACGACGUCCUCGCGGCCGCCGUCACGAACGACAACGAGGGCAUCGGCGGCAACCUGAAGUGGACGCCCCAGCGCACGCACGUGCCGUGCAUCGUCGCCGAGGACCGGGCGGAGGUCGACGCCAUGAUUCUGCUCGGGGGCUUCACGCCGAAGCCGGACCGGGACGUCUGGGCGUCGCGCGACGGCGUGAGCUGGUGGUUCGUCGGCGAGGCGCCGUGGCCGGCCCGGGGCUACCACUCGUCGGCCAUGUUCCGGGGGCGCCUCUUCAUCAUGGGCGGGAGCCCCCUGACGAACGACGUCUGGGCGGGGACCUUCGAGUGGCGGGGCUACGAGAAGCUCGACGACCGGCGCGACGUCUUUUGGUUGGGGGAGCUCGACGAGUAUGUGGUCCGAGAGAAGUGGGAGAUGAGCUGGGAGCUCGUCGCGCCGGCGACGGGGCUCUUCGACUACCCCGAGAGCUGGAAUCCCGUGAGCGACGCGCGGCGCUGGGCGCCGCGCGCGGGCGCGGGCGUCACGGUCCAGUUCAGCCGCAAGAACGGCUGGGGCUACACCUUCCAGACCCAGCGCGUGCCGGAGGUGCAGUGCAAAAAAGUUCGCGUCGGGGACGUCCUCGAAGUUCCGAAGACGUGCAAGAUCAGCCAGCUCGAGCGGGGACUGACGACCGUCGUGGAAUUUGAACCCGAAAAGGGGCCCCACAAGGUCCUCAAGGGCCCGUUCAACGGGAGCCAGGAGGCGCUGUUCCUGACGGGCGGGCUCGCGGGCUGGCCCGAGCGCCACCCGCUCUUCGACGGGCAGAAGGCGCGGAACGACGUCUGGUACUCGCUCGACGGCGCGAACUGGACGUUGAAGGCGGAGUUCGCGCCGUGGCCCGCGCGCGCGUGGCACUCGCUCGUCGCGUGGUCCGAGCCGUCCGAUAUAUAUUCGGACAUCGCGUUCAACGCGCGCAUGCACGACGCCACGCCGCACGCCGAGGAGUUCGGCGACGCGCGGUACCGCCACGACGGAAGGUUGGCGCCGCGCAUGUGGCUCACGGGCGGCGGCUACGUCGGCAAGCAGGGCAUCGCGGUCACGAAGAUGGUCGACGCCUACGCGGACCUCUGGUGGUCGCGCGACGGCCUGGACUGGGCGCAGGUGGGCAUGGCCGAGGGUUCGGAACGCUACAUCUGCUCGACGCUCGAAAUUUUUAAAAUUCAGGAGGCGAACGAGGACUUCUUUUUGGGGAAGUACAGCCACACGAUGGUGCCCUUCUUCUACCGCCACGACGUCCCCGUCUGCGGGCGGCCCGAGAGGGGAACCUACGGCGCGCCGGCCGGGCUGCUGAGCCCGACCGACUGCGCCUCCCGGAACGAGGACCCCCAGACGCGGCGGCCCGCCGGGAAUAAGAUCGAGGUCGCGCGCGUGCCGACGCUCUACUUCAUCGGCGGCGACCCCGGCUACCUCGAGGGCGAGGACCUGGGGCCCCAGCUCACGAUGUUCCGCAGCGAGGCGAACAUCCUCUGCGAGCUCGACGGCAUCAUGUGCCCCACGCGCACGGGCGGCGUCGCCGCCUGUGUGGAAAUCAACCAGUGCGUCGGGUGCACCGACAAUUCUUCACUAAGUCAUUUCUCGGCGAUGACGUGGCCGUCCUGGCUCGGUCGAGCGGUGAGGAACUGGCAUCGCCACGCCAUCGAGCAGGCGUCGCGUCGAUGGCGUGGAGGACGAUGCGAUGAUUCAGCACGAACGCGCCGUAAAAUUUUGAUUUCCACACAGGUCGCCGCCUACUCGACGAUCGAAGACGGCCCCUCGGGCUGGCCCGAGAAGGACCGGGCGGGCUCGCGCUUCGGCGUGCCGUGGCGGCGGCCGACGUGCUCGGCCGAGAUGCUCCGCUCCAAACGGAUGGACGACAAGGGCUCGGCGGCGAACCCGUAUGAGUGCGACCCCGACUCCGGCGCCAACGACGCGCUCGGGGGCUUCUGCCCGUCGCCCCUCUUCGGCCGCGGCGACAAGUCCGACUCGUUCUUCGAGGCCGAGAACGGGACGGCCUUCCUCGAGGACCCCGUGGCCCUGGGCCACAGCGUGGACGACUCCUUCGCGCACCCGCUGUCGAAGCGGGCGCUCUUCGAAAAAACCGGUCGGAAGUACUUCCACAUGACGGUCUACAACGCCACGAACGUGAGCGCGACGGCGGACCCGCGGUCGCUGGUGGGCCGCUUCCGGGCCACGCGCGCCGCCGCGGUGACGUUCAAGGAGGAGCCGCUCGUGCGCGACUUCAUCGUGCGGCUCACGGGCUGCUGGUGCCACAGCGACCUGCACAUGGGCGAGUACUGCGAGUACAACACCCAGCGCGAGGGCGCGGGGCUGCUGCGGCCGUCGCUGGCCCUGGCGUGCGUCGUGGCGGCGCUCGCGCUAGGCCUCACGUAAGAGUACACA